AUGUUUGCCUAUUCAAACUUGUUUCAUAUAAAGGAUUUCUCAGAUAAAUUAAAUGACAUUGUCAGGCACUAUGUGAAUAGUUUCGAUGAAGAAUUUGUCACUGCAACAAUUCAAGCUAUUGGACGAUGUGCUAGUAGUGUACCACAAAUAUCAGAUGUCUGUUUAGGUGGACUACUUCGAUUGAUGUCACGUCCAAAAGAGAAAAUUAUGGCAGAGUGUGUAGUUGUACUGAGAAAAUUAUUACAAAUGCAAACAACUGAUCAUAAAGAGAUUAUCACGCAUAUAGCACAAUUGGCGGAUACAAUGACAAUUCCUACAGCUUUAGCAUCAAUUCUCUGGUUACUAGGUGAAUUUAGUCAUCGUGUCCCAAAAAUUGCUCCUGAUAUCCUCCGGAAAAUGGCUAAAUCUUUUUCACAACAAGAAGCUGUUGUGAAAUUUCAGAUCAUUAAUUUAGCCGCGAAAUUGUGUAUUGUAAAUCCACGUCAAACGCAUAUUCUAGCUCAGUAUGUAUUUAACUUGGCUAAAUAUGAUACCAAUUAUGAUAUACGGGAUAAAGCACGUUUCUUAAGAGGAUUAUUAUUUCCACAAAUUAUAACCAAUCCCAAUGUAAAUGGAGAUGGUGCAUCAGUUAACAGUAAUCAGAAGAGUUCAGUUAAAUCAGGCAGUAAUAAUACAAAUAACAAUAGUAGUAAUAAUAAUUUGUACUUAUCAAAACAUCUUCGUAAAAUCUGUUUGGCUACUAAACCAGCGCCAAUAAUUAAAUCACAAUUUGAAGAUAAAUCCAACUAUCGAUUAGGUACAUUAUCGCAUAUACUUCAUCGUCGUGUAUCUGGUUAUCGAGAUCUCUCAGACUGGCCAAUAGUACCACCAGAUCCAUGGUCACGUGUUGUUGUUACACCGACCGUUUCGAAAGUGAAUGAUAAUGAUAACGACAUCUCAGGGAUGAAUUCACCAAGAUCACUUAACACUAAUCAUAGUAGUAAUAACAAUAAUAAUAGUAAUAAUAAUACAAAUACAAAUAUAUUUGAUGAACACCGGCAAAAGCGGCAACAAAAAACUGAUCGUUUCGGUAAUCUAUCGUUGGAUGACUUCUUCUCAGAGACAGAAGAUGAUGAUGAUGACGAUGAGGGGGAGGAGCAGGAGGAGGAUGAUGAGAACAAGGUGGUUGAUGGCGAUGAGGAAGGGGACGAGUCUACGACUGCAGAAAGAAAAGUGAAGAAGAGAAAAGCUAAAGAUGCUUUGUCGUCAUUUUACGAUGACGAUGAAGAAGUUGCUUCCGAUGAGGAAUUCACCAGUAACGAUGAAGAGAAUGCCGACGACAACAGUGGAACAGAAGAGGAAGAGGAAGCCAUGAGGAUGAUGACUCUGAUUCUGACUUCGAUUUAGAAUAUUUAAUUCGAUCAAAACAACUGACGAAUACGCAAAACUCCUUGAAAGAACAAACAUCACCAUCACCACCGUCAGCCUUGAAUUUAAAAACGGCUAACACGCCUAGCAACGGUGAUAAUUCCAACAGUUUACGAGAAGGUAAUGCUUCUCUCUCACAGAAGCUGGAUAAUGAAUUACAAAGCAUAUCAAUGAAACAAGAUUUAAACAGUUGGUUAAAUGCUCAAUCUUCAUCGAGUGAUUCCAGCGAUAAUGAUGAUGAUAAUGAUGGUGGUGGUGACAUAACAGCUGGAAUAGAUGACAGUGGUGAGAAGAAGAUUACUGAAC